GCGCCUGCGCGGGCGGACCGCCCCCUGGCUAUUUGGGGGGAUUAUUGCGAGGCCGUUCAAACCGGCGCAGGUGGUGGGCCCCUUUCGCGGCUCAGAUUUAGAUGACAGAGCCAUGGCAGAGGAGGAGCCGGCGCCCCUGUCGCCCUCGUCUCAGGAAGAGCCUGAAGUAUUUGAAAUUGUUCUCCCUAUCACUAUCUUUGAACUAAGUGAUGAUGAUUUUUUGGGAUAUGGAGAAGAAGAGUGCCCAGCUGUGAAUAAAGAUGGGUAUUUUAAAAGUCAGGCAAAAGAAGAUAGAAGAAUAGAAUGUGAAGAUGAACAGUUGCAAAAUCAUGGGAAAAAAGAGAUUGAACUGGUUGAAGUUGUGAAAGUGAAGGAUGAUGAUGAAGAAACUAUGAUACUAAAGAAUGAAAAUGUAGUCCAAAUGACCUCUUUGCAGAAUAUACUGAACCAUUUUGAUCAUAGUCAAAACUGGGGAAUGGGCUUCUUGAAUCACAAGGAGCAUGAUGGCAUUAAAAUUACAUGUGUGAAAACAGUGGAGAGCAAUCACAGCUUUUAUCAAAGAAUAUUAAAUCCUUAUUUGAGCAUUCCAGGUAAGGGAGAGAAUCAUCUGACAUAUGAAGUCAUUCAGAGGACUUCAUCGAUUGUACAGGAAUUGGAAGGAGUUAAAAAUAAAUGUGUUCAAGAGAGUUUGGUGAAGCCUCUUUGCAUGGACAUGAAUGCAAAUGCUCAUUCUGAAGGUGCUGCUUCUUUGGAGACUGGAUUUAAGAAAGCCAGUGGUGGACCUAAGAGGAAUAUUGGACUUGAGGAUGAUGCAUUCCUGGGUAACAAAUCAGAAGAAAAUUGGGGUGUUAAAGCUGAAAAUGAGCAAUGGGACUCCUGCAUUGUUAAUGAUCACUGCCCUCUGGAACAUUUUCUGGAAGAGCCUGGAAGAAUUAGCACAAAGAAUGGUUGCAGUAACAGUGCGCAAGAUGUUUCUGAGCAUCUGGUUCAACCUCAAGUCACUGAUUUUCCUGAAUGGUAUGAUAGAUGGGAAAAUCUUAAUGGUUCUGGUGAGAGUACAGAAUAUGGUCAACAGUUGCAGGAAGAGCAAGCAAAGAAGGCAUUGCUACUAACAAAUAAGUCCAAGAGCAAAACUUCCUUGAUCACAACCAGGAAAACCUGUAUAAGAGGUGUUUGGAAAUGUUUGUUUUGUAAUUGGAGAUAUACGUCACCUACCCAAUUAAGAAAACAUAUCUCUGCUAUUCAUCAGAAUAAACAAAUCUACAAAUGUAACUUUUGCCACAAAAUAUUCUUUUUUCCUACCAACUUUAAAUACCACCACAAAUUGCAUAUACCGUUGACAUCAUUAAAAAAGAGACGAGUGACAUUAAAGAAGAGAAGGGAAAAUAAAAGUGAUACUGGAAAAAGCAGGAGGAAGAAAGAUAAAACCGUUGUGGAAAGGAAGACAACUGAGAAAAAAAAGGAAAACAAGUAUGAGAAAUUCUUCAGGGAAAUGAAAAAGGAACUGAAGCCUUCAAAAAUAUUCACUUGCAAAAUAUGCCCAUUUUCUUCCCAAAGUCCAAGAUACUUUAUAGAUCAUAUAAAGAAGCAUAAUGGUGGACUCGUUUAUCAGUGUCCUCAGUGUGAAUAUUCUUCUGAUAAUCAUUCUCAUAUACUCAACCACAUGUACUGGCAUGCUGGGUAUAAGCUAUUCAAAUGCAAUUUCUGUGCUUUUUUUUCUCACUACAUUAAUAGCAUGGUCAAACACAGCUUCCUCCAUACAGGGGCCAGGCCUUACCGAUGUCCUGGCUGUGACCUAGGCUUUACAAGUGCAAGUAAUUUAAAAAGACAUGUAAGUACAGUAGGCCAUGUAGAAAAAAUCAACAAUCUGCCUAUUGCCCAGAAGGAGACCUUGAGUCCUGAAAAGAAAUAUGAGUGCCAUAAGUGUAAAAUAGUGUUUUAUACAUAUAAACAUUUCCAGUGUCACCAGAAGUACCACUUGCAACCCCAGGACUGUGAUAAAGUAUUUCCAAAAAACUAUUUCAAGGAAUGCAAGCAAAACAAGGGAGACAGCUUUUGUCAAAAGACGCAGGUUCUGUAUACUUCUGGCAAGGAGAAAGUAGUAAAUACACAGCUGAUGCCAGAAGGUGAACAGGAUGAUGGUUCAUGGAAAGAGCUGCAUGUACAGAAAAACGACUGCAAAAGCAAUGUUGAAUGGGAUGAAAUAUCCGGCAUUUUUCCCAAUAUUUAUGUUUGUCAAACCUGUCACUUGGUCUUUCGCAGAGAAGAACACUUGGUUUAUCACAGAGCUAUUCAUUUACAAGCUCAGCCAAAUAAAAAUGAGGCUUGUAAUUAUCAAGUGGCCAAGGGGAAUAAUACACUGCCUGGGAUAAGACAUUCAUGUGGACUGGCUCUUAAAUUAUUCAAAUGCCCUCACUGUACUUACACCACUAGCUCAUUCAGCAACCUGCGAGUACAUUUUAGUGUCCACACUGGAGAGAAGCCAUUCAAGUGUCAAGAAUGUGACAAAUCCUUUCGAAAUUCCAGUCAUUUAAAACGGCAUAAAACGUCACACUUACUGAAGCAUCAGAAGUGCCUCUUUGUAGGCGGAACUGUAGAUGAGUUUAAGGUGCACCAGGAAACCUGCAAAGGUGAGGAUCCAGCUGGAAAAAGAUUUCAAUUUCCAUCUCUAAAUAAUGAGAAUGCAAAGAAACAAAUAGACAUGGCUGAAAGAAAAGGAAAGAUAGGCACACUCAAAUCCCAAGAAAACAGCUUUCAAGUCCACAAAUGUGAGUACUGUGAUUAUGCUACUUACAUACUAAACAGGCUGAAAUGUCAUAUAAGAAUACAUGUAGGAGAAAAGCCAUACAGUUGUGAUGUGUGCCAAAGAAAGUUUCGCAUGCCAAAUCACCUGAAGCGUCAUAAGCUUGUGCAUCAAAAUUUGAGGCACCUCAAAUGUAGCCGUUGUGACUUUUCAACAGGGAACUGGCGGUCCUUUAAACAACAUGUGGCUUCACAUCAAGAAUCACAGCUGCCAGUUAGUGGCCACCUUCAGAAGCAACCUUCCAUGCCUGUCAAAAUCUAUAAAUGUGAAAAGUGUGACUAUGCAACCACUCGUAAUGGAAACUUGAAGGUUCACUUUCAGAUACACACAGGGGAGAAGCCACAUAAAUGCACUCACUGCAGCCUUGCUUUCCGAACAUCUAGCCAUUUAAACCGCCACUUGGCAACCCAUUUCAAGUGUAACCAAUGUAAGUUUUCUGCUAGAAAUAGGCAUGAUCUGCAGCAGCAUGCACAAACUCAUAAAAAAAAGAAAUGUAAGGCUCACAAACAGAAAAGGAGAUAAGACUGAGGUGGUUUACGAAUGUGCUAAGUGCUGACUUUCAUUCUGAAUGCUACAGCUUUUGAAGGGGUAUCAGAAAAAACAUGAAGACAAAAUGUAGAAACAAAAAUAAAUAAAACAGGCGCUUAUCAAGUAAUUUUAAGAAAUAUCUGAUUUGAACCUGUUCUUGCCUGUAUCACUCCAUGAACACAGUUUAUUGCUUUUCCCUAAGGUUCAGCUAAAUGAUCUGCACCACGCUUGACAUUAGAAGCCCCUUUGCUACAGCAAUAAGCCAGGAUAAUGGAUAUUGCCAUAAAGUAAAAUAUAAAUCAAAAGGUGACAAAUAGAAGCCCAACUAUUAGGUACUGAAUGAUUUCUCCAGAUUUAAAUGGCUGUGGAGUCAAUGGAUAAUGUACUUUCUGAUUUUUAUGCUUAAAUAUAUUUUACAUGCCUGCAAGAUGUACAGGAUUUGCAGUCCUCUGCUGACCAAGAGACAUAGAUUGAACUUAUUCUGAGAAUUUUUUUAGACUGUUUGAACCGUACAGGACCCAGAUCCUGGAAGGAACUAUGAAGGUAAAAUCAAGUUCUUUAGUAAGUUAGUAUUGAGUAAAAAUGGUUUCUGAUAAAUUAAAAUAAGCAUAUCUGAAUCUGAGAUUUGAUUGGGAUUUGAAUGGUAGGCUUUUACAAGGAAGAGAUGUUAUUUUUCAAAAAAGAAAUGUGAAUACUAAUUGAGUUUUCAGAAAGUAGGUCAAUGUGUGAAUAGUUUUAAACAUUUGCUUAUACAAGAGAUACUUAAUGUAAAUAUUUGGAUAUAGUGACUGAUCCUCUAUUACAGAGAUAUUAUGUUUGUGAGAAACUUAGUUUAAAAGGUGGGGAACAAACAUUUUAGUUUGCCUGUUCAAUGAAGUUUAAAUUUUUCUUAGUGGUACAAAUGAAGAAAUUUGCAAAGAGGCCAUUUAACAAAUUAAUGAGCAAGGGUUUCUCAAAAAAAAAAAAAAGAUGGCAGACUACAAAAAGAUGAGGCAUUGUUUCAGCUGAAAGUCUUUAUAGCUGUCCAUUCUGCCCCCACUUUACCUUUAACGGAUUCCUAAUUCAAAAUAUUUAUUUGGCCUGGUUGGUCGUCCUUUGUAGGGUACAGGGAAACCUUAUGAUGAAGGUGGGAACAAUCAGAGCAUGCUGGGUUACCCCGAGUAUGUAGUCUAUCCAAGUGAUCACUUCUUAAUGAAGGCUAUAAUAUCUGGAGUUAUACAUUUGUUUUAGCUAUUCUCGCACUCCAAAUCUGGAGUGCUGCUAGACAGAUUCCCGAUGCAGAGGUUGUCAUUUGUGAAAUAGUGGCAAAAUUCAGACUUAAAAAAAAAGAAUCAGAUUAUACAUAUCAUUGCAUAAAUACUACUUAUAUGUUUAAAUAGGGUAAAUUCUCUUGAUGUAUCUGAAAAAUUAGAAUUCCAAAUGUACGUUUCUCAUGAAACUGUACUUUUAGUUGCAGUCCUUACAGAUUUUCUAUCGAUUGGUUUGGCGUUAAGAAACAACUAGUCAAAGGACCUUUUUUGUUGAACUACAAGAAUGACUUUGGCCAUAAUCUAUAAUUACUUUAAAAUAACAGAAAAUAUUCAUCUAAAUGAAUUAGUUUAACCAUUAGAUGAUUUAGUCCAUUCCUGGAUGGUUUCUUCAGUUUUACAUGUGAAAUCCUAUACAGAGUAAAUGGUUUGGAGAUGCCAGAAAAUGGGCACGCAAAUUCCUACCAUUACAGAAGAAUUCUUGAAUGUUCAGUGGGAAAGCACUUUCACGGGCAUCAUGUGUGUUUCUUGCUUACUUUAAAAUUGCCACUGGCAUUGUCAAUUGCAAAAUAGGAGUAUAAGAUUUUUUAUAUUUAUGCUAUUACUUUAAGUUAUUUAUACAGUUCCAUAACACUACUGAUGCUUGCAGCUUCCCAAAAUGUCUAUGAAAUGCUUGGUUCUGGAGUUGGUUUGAGGAUCAGAAGAAGAAACUCCAUUGAGAAAAAUGCUGUAAUAUUGUGAUUGGCAUUGCUUAUGAAACUAUACAAAAAGAAGAAAGUGCUUAUUAAUGGGAGCGUGCUACUUUGACCUACCUUAUAGAUCAGUAAAGUUAUCUAAAAUAACUACACUGUAUUUGUACAACAUAAUAUUUCUAGGGAGUUUCUUUUGAAUGUAAUUGUAUGUAUAAAUCUUGUCUAAAUCAAACACAAAAACUAUAAAUAGCCUUAUUUGUUAAUAAGUUUAUAGCCUAAAGUGGGGAAAGGAUAAGAUGAUAGAAAAAACUUAAUGUGUUAUAUUGUUUUUGGAUAUGGCUAAAAAAGUCUAAAGCUUUAGCUGUUUCCUUGGGUUUGCUUGAUUAAACACUGUUAUCAGUUGCAAAAAGUUGUAUGUUUUUGUUAAAGUAAUUAACACAAUUAAACAGAA